CUUAUUAUACUACUAGUUUUCAAUAUGGCCUUCGGAGUGCAGAUCGCGGCAAUUAUACUGGCAGCAUAUUGUGCAUUCGCCAACGCACAAGCUCCAUGCGAACCCCAGUCACAAACGGAAUCAUGCCGAUGUUCAAACGCGGUAACAACCACACAAACCCCACCGUUAAGAAUUGAGAUACAUGAGCGCGAUGACCCUAAUCGACCCAAUUAUCCCAGCUACCCCAAACUACCCAACUACCCCAGAUACCCCUAUUUCCCCACAUAUCGAUCUGAAUAUCCGCUCAGAAGAUCGAAUAUUCCAGAAAUAAGAUAUAUACCGACGUAUUCUGGUUUGGAAUCUCCGAAUUACAGAACUAUGGAAUUAAUUAACGCUGAAAGAAAUAAAGAUUACUACAUGAUGCCAGUGGGGGCGUGACGAAAGGUUAUAUAUAGUUAAAUUCAUUGUGCAUUUAAUUAAGAAUAACAGAAAU